CACUUCCACUCCAUCCCGGGAGAGACUAACACUGGCGGCCAAAGGGAACCCGGAAUCUGGGCACCGUGUGUGAGCCUAACUAUUAACAAUCUAUCUUCUCGCUCCCAUUCUUCCUCCGGCUCAGUGGAGAAGCCGAGCUAUGCAAAGCGCGCGCUCGCCUCUUCUUAGGCGCGCGCGUUGGAAGGCUCCCCAAAGCGCGUUUCGGCCACCUCUCAGCCGUCGGGUUCCCUCAGAGCUCAGGCCUUAGGUAGAAAGGAGGCAACAACAUGGCGCUGGUGCCCUGUCAGGUGCUGCGGGUCGCCAUCCUCCUCUCCUAUUUCUCCAUCCUGUGCAAUUACAAGGCCAUUGACAUGCCCGCGCACCAGACCUAUGGAGGCAGCUGGAAGUUCCUGACAUUCAUUAAUCUGGUUAUUCAAGCGGUCUUCUUUGGGAUCUGCGUAUUGACUGACCUUUCCAGCCUUCUGACUAAAGGAAAUGACAGCCAAGAACAAGAAAGACAGCUAAGAAAACUCAUUUCCCUCCGUGACUGGAUGAUGGCUGUCUUAGCUUUUCCUACUGGAGUUUUUGUUGUAACUACGUUUUGGAGCAUCUAUAUCUAUGACAGAGAACUAGUUUACCCAAAGGUCCUUGAUAAUUUUAUACCACCUUGGCUGAAUCAUGGAAUGCAUACAACUGUUUUGCCUUUUAUAUUAAUUGAGAUGAGAACAACACAUCAUGAAUAUCCCAGUAGGACCUGUGGAUUAGUUGCUAUGUGCACCUUUUCUGUUGGCUACAUAUUAUGGGUCUGUUGGAUUUAUCACGUAACAGGGGUUUGGGUGUACCCUCUCCUGGACUACCUUGGCUCAGGUGCUAAAAUUGUCUUCUUUGCUACUGUAACUGCAAUAAUUAACAUCUUCUACUUGCUGGGUGAGAUCCUAAACAACUGCAUCUGGGAUACACAAAAAUGUAUAGAAGAAGGAAAAGAAAAGCCCAAAUUGGAAUGAACAUAGGAUGAAAGAAAGAAAAUGAUGAUUUGCUGCUACAUGGAAGACAUCUCCUUGUCAAGAGAUGUUGCAAGAGGGCGGCCAUUCACAUGAACAAUGCAUCCAGGAUACUUCUGUAUUGUUGUUUUUUUCUAAAAAAAAGAAAAAAGGAUUAUUGGAAUAAUUACUGUCCCACUCCUCUUCCAGAUACUUGUAUCUUCCCAUAAGACUGCGUAUGAUGGAUAUCUCCACAACAUCCUCAACACAUGUAAUUAUGUUUGUUGUCAUGCUGAGUGUCUUUACUGUGGCAGUAAGAAGAAUUAAGGGUGUCUGCUCUAUUUCUGUUUUAGAAAUAAGAUUAGGCAGGCCAAAACCGAAUCAGUGGGGAAAUCAUUUGCAUUUCUUGCUCUGUCUUAAUGCCACAUCUUCAGAACAGUGGAUCAUUGCCCCAUUAACAAAUCAAAGAGUUCUGUGGAAUUUCAGUCAUCAAGCUGCUGACAGGAAGUGUGAGGGGUAAUGAGGGUUAACGGGGUGGGAUUGGAGGUUGUCUGAGAGAGAGAUGGGCACACUGGGGGCUACAAGAACAAAAAUUCACAUGGUUUAAGGGAAGGGAAGGACACAACCGUGUUUUAAUUUGUCAUACAAAAAUAUAAACUUGUUGAAACAAACUGCUUUAACUCAGUGCUGCUAAAGUGCAACAAAAUAGUCUGCUGCUCAGGUGUUUACAAAUACCCCUAACAAGCCACACCUAGUUUCCUUCACAUCAACAGGAGAUGGCAGUUCUCUUCUCAUCAUUUUUUUUAACCAAUGACAAGAGAGAUGGACUACUGUUAUUUAAUAUUUAUUUAGCACUGAACUUACAAUUUACAUUAAAUGGACAUGGAGGGGAUGAGAAUUGACAAAUGAAUGGUAGGGAUGGAAUAGGAGAGACUCAGGUAAUGGGAGCACCUAAAUCAGAACCAGCCCAACUGCACAAAUAGCUCAGAUCACUUUGUGAGUAAAGUGGAGCCAGGAAAACAGUAUGCAGUCCAGGGUAUACCCCAAGAGCCCUUAUGCCACAGAAGGCAGAUAGCCAACCCCUAGAGUCUUAGGGAUUACUCUAGUCUCCAGACAGUGUGGUCCAGGGGCUGGGAGUGUUCAACAUCCAUCUAGAAGGAAGGUUUCACAGUUAUGGAGCAUAUGUACUCAGGCUUAGUUUUCUAUGGAGAUAAGUAUAUUUACAUAUUUUGAGCUAAAUCCAAAUUUAGGAGGAUGUUGCAUUAAAUUGUGGAAUAUCUAUUUCAAAGGUUUUUGGUAGGACCAUCGGAGGAGGACCAUUUUUACACUGCCAUCCUCCAGUCUGCAAGCUACCAAGCUGGCCAUCUUUGUUUUAGACAGAGGCCUGCAGGGCAGAAGUGUUACUCAGCUGGACUAGUCCUCGAGUACUUAGCCUCUAAAAUAAAGUUCUUUUCAAUUAACAGUAAGGAUUUUACAACUAUGGGUCAUGAAAACAUGGGCAUGGUCAGGGCAUUCAUACAAACCCCAAAGAGAAACAUUAAGGUGUGAGAUGCCUACCUAACAUAAUUUUUGAAACGAAAUGUACAAAGGAAAUGUAUGGAAAAUUCUUAUCAUGCUUUCAUCACAAUUUGAUAGGGCCACGAGGAAGGGAGAAACUCAGCCGCAGUGAUACAUGAUCUGGGUGUGCUCCCACAGCAUCCCCUGCAACAUUGCACAAGAUCCUGGAACACAUAUUUAUCACUGGGCAGCCUCUUGAGAGGAGAAAAGUCUUUUGAGUGGCCCUGAGGUGAGUCUAAGGUGGCCCAGGGAAGCUUCUCCCAAAUGACUGAGGCACAGGUAGAAUGGUUGAGGAAGGGGGGACAGCCAGGAAGGGAGCCUGUUCCAAACUUAGAGGGCAAUGUGGAAGACAAGAAUGGGAGGUUACGUAGGGUGGUGCUAGAGGCACUUGUGUAGGCUGGAAGGAAAAUGAAAGGGUACAAAGGGAGAGAGAUUGCUGAGGGCAGUGGGAGAACUUUAAUGUACUAUAGUGUUUGGUUUCAAGUGCUGUGUUCUCGUAUAAAUGUUUUAAAAUAUAAGCUGGACUUACAUUUCCACCUCCCAACAAAAGAGGAAUUUACAACACAAUCCUAUGCAUGUCUGCUCAGAAGUGAACCCCCUGGAGUUCAAACGGGGCUUCCUCCCAGGCAUGGGAUUGCAGCUCCAUUGUAAUUGGUGAGAGAGGCUUUCUUGAGCUGAAAUCAUCUUCUCUGUAUCUGGAAAGUGUCCCUUUGUAAAAAUAGUUCUAAUAGAAAAUGCACCAAAUAGACCAAAAGGCCUCACUUUGGUCAUAUAUCUCUAUCAGGAAAUAUUUAUAGGCAAUGCUCAGAAGUUUAGCACAAGGUUUUUAAACACUUGAGCGGCACAAUGUAAAUUGAGGCUUCAUCAUCAACAAUGAGAAGUUCAGGUUGGUAAAAAUAAAUCUGUGCCGUUUUGUUAGUAGUAUUUGAGUGUUUUCAUGUGGCAAGGCUCACAUAACUCAUUCUUCACUAUUGGGACUUGCACGUCUGCAAGUCUAAGUCUAUGUUUCUCACUGACCUUUUUAUUCAUUAAACACUGGAUGCUGUACUUCGUACUUUACUGGCUGCACAAAUGGCAAAUAAUAAUAAUAAAAAGUUAUAAUACUGAA